UCACUUGAUAAGUGGAUCUGUAGAUCGCUAAACCGGUGGAGCUGUAGAUCACUAGAUCUAUGGAUCCGUAGAUCGCUAGAUCCCAAGAUCUGUGGCUCGCUGGAUCUGUAGAUUGCGAGAUCCGUGGAUCUGUAGAUCGCUAGAACAGUGAAGCUGUAGAGCCCUAAAUCUAUGGAUCUGUAGAUCGCUUGAUCGGUGGAUCAGUAGAUCGCUAUAUCGGUUGAUCUGUAAUUCGCUAAAUCAGUGAAUUUGUAGAUCGCUAGAUCGGUGGAUCACCUGAUAAGUGGAUCUGUAGAUCGCUAGAAUGGUGGAGCUGAAGAUUACUAGAUCUAUGGAUCUGUAAAUCGCUAGAUCGGUGGAUCUGUAGAUCGCUAGAUCGGUGGAUCGGUAGAUCACCUGAUAAGUGGAUCUGUUGAUCGCUAGAACGGAGGAGCUGUAGAUCACUAGAUCUAUAGAUCUGUAGAUCGCUAGAUCCCAAGAUCUAAGGCUCGCUGGAUCUGUAGAUUGCUAGAUCCGUGGAUCUGAAGAUCGCUAGAUCGGUAGAUCACUUGAUAAGUGGAUCCGUAGAUCGCUAAAACGGUGGAGCUGUAGAUCACUAGAGCUAUGGAUCGGUAGAUCGCUAGAUCGGUAGAUCUAAGGAUCGGUGGAUCUGUAGAUCGCUAGAUCGGUUGAUCACUUGAUAAGUGGAUCUGUAGAGCGCUGGAACCGUGGAGCUGUAGAUCACUAGAUCUAUGGAUCUGUAGAUCGCUAGAUCAGUGGAUCUGUAGAUCGUUAGAUCGGUGGAUCGGUAGAUCGCUUGAUAAGUGGAUCUGUAGAUCGCUAGAACGGUGGUGGAGCUGUAGAUCACUAGAUCUAUGGAUCAGUACAUCGUUAGAUCGCUAGAUCUGUGGCUCGCUGGAUCUGUAAAUUGCUAGAUCCGUGGAUCUAUACAUCGCUAGAUCGGUGGAUCUGAGGAUCGCUAGAUUGGUAGAUCACUUGAUAAGUGGACCUGUACAUCGCUAGAACGGUGGAGCAUUAGAUCACUAGAUCUAUGGAUCUGUAGAUCGCUAGAUUUGUGGCUCGCUGGAUCUGUAGAUUGCUAGAUCCGUGGAUCUGUAGAUCGCUAGAUCGGUGGAUCUGUAGAUCGCUAGACCGGUGGAUCGGUAGAUUACUUGAUAAGUGGAUCUGUAGAUCGCCAGAACGGUGGAGCUGUACAUUACUAGAUCUAUGGAUCUGUAGAUCGCUAGAUCGGUGGAUCACUUGAUAAGUGGAUCUGUAGAUCGCUAGAACCGUGGAGAUGUAGAUCACUAGAUCUAUGGAUUUGUAGAUCGCUGGAUCAGAGCAUCUGUAGAUCGUUAGAUCGGUGGAUCGGUAGACCACUUGAUAAGUGGAUCUGUCGAUCGCCAGAACGGUGGAGCUGUAGAUCACUAGAUCUAUGGAUCUGUAGAUCGCUAGAUCGGUGGAUCGGUGGAUCUGUAGAUCGCUAGAUCGGUGGAUUACUUGAUAAGUGGAUCUGUAGAUCGCUAGAACGGUGGAGCUGUAGAUCACUAGAUCUAUGGAUCUGUAGAUCCCUAGAUCGCUAGAUCGGUAAAUCUGUGGAUCUGUAGAUUGCUAGAUCGGUGGAUCGGUGGAUCUGUAGAUCGCCAGAACGGUGGAGCUGUAGAUCACUAGAUCUAGGGAUCUGUAGAUCGCUAGGUCGGUGGAUCUGUAGAUCGCUAGAUCGGUGGAUCACUUGAUAAGUGGAUCUGUAGAUCGCUAGAACGGUGGAGCUGUAGAUCACUAGAUCUAUGGAUCUGUAGAUCGCUAGAUCGCUAGAUCGGUAAAUCUGUGAAUCGGUGGAUCUGUAGAUCGCUAGAUCGGUGGAUCAAUUGAUAAGUGGAUCUGUAGAUCGCUAGAACGGUGGAGCUGUAGAUCACUAGAUCUAUGGAUCUGUAGAUCGCUAGAUCGGUGGAUCUGUAGAUCGCUAGAUCGGUAUGUUACUUGAUAAAUGGAUCUGUAGAUCGCCAGAACGGUGGAGCUGUAGAUAGCUAGAUCUAUGGAUCUGUAGAUCGCUAGAUCGCUGGAUCUGUAGAUUGCUAGAUCGGUGGAUCUGUAGAUCGGUAGAUCGGUGUAUCUGUAGAUCGCUAGAUCGGUGGAUCGGUAGAUCACUUGAUAAGUGGAUCUGUAGAUCGCCAGAACUGUGGAGAUGUAGAUCACUAGAUCUAUGGAUCUGUAGAUCGCUAGAUCGGUGGAUCUGUAGAUCGCUAGAUCUAUGGAUCGGUAGAUCGCUAGAUCGCUAGAUCUGUGCAUCGGUGGAUCUGUAGAUCGCUAGAUCAAUGGAUCACUUGAUAAGUGGAUCUGUAGAGUGCUAGAACCGUGGAGCUGUAGAUCACUAGAUCUAUGGAUCUGUAGAUCGCUGGAUCAGUGGAUCUGUAGAUCGUAAGAUCGGUGGAUCGGUAGAUCAAGUCAAGUCAAGUCAAGUCAAUCUUUAUUUAAACACGGUAAAAUCCAUCAGGAAUUUAAAAAAUUAAAAAUAACCUAACUAUCCUAAACAAAAUUAAAACCUGACUACAACUAAUCUAACUAAAACCUGUUUUUCAUGAAUGCCGUGUAUAACAUUAAAAGUGAACAUUAACUAAUCUUUUAAAUUGACUAAGAGAUUCGGCUUCUCUCACAUGACAGGGUAGGCUGUUCCAGAGAACUGCUCCGCUAUAAGUAAAGCUGUUUUUCAUGAAAUUAGUUCGCGGAAAUGGGACAAAUAGUUUGUUAACAGAGUCCCUCAGGGAGUAACGCGUUUCAUUUCGUUUAACAAACUUAGAUGAUAAAUAUUCAGGAACAAGGCCAUUUGAAGACUUGUAUACCAUUAUGGAUUUCUGUAUUUGAAAUUGAGUGCUCAAGUCUUUCCAAUCGAGUUGUCUAAUCAAACGGUUAGCAUCAGCAUCAUAGCUAGAGAAGGUUAAAACGCGAGCGGCACGGUUCUGAAGCUUCUGUAGCCUGUCAAAUAAUGUUUUACCACAAUUACCCCAGACAAGAUUGCAAUAAUCGAAAUGAGAUUGAAUUAGUGAGUUGUAUAUAUAGUGAAGGGUAGGUGGAGGGACAAAAGGUCUAAUUCUUUUUAUUGCUCCAAUUCCGGAAGCGACCUUUUUUUUAGAUAAUUUAUCAAUGUGUUUUUGCCACCGUAGAUUUUCAUCAAUAAAUAUUCCAAGCGAUUUGACAGAGGAAACGUGUUCUAUCGGAACAUUAUUAAUCGAGAGCUCAAGUGGGUUCGACAAAGUACUCAAUUUUGUCUGGAGCCAAUUAGCAUGAAUUCAGUUUUAGAAGUGUUCAAAGUAAGUUUAUUGGAAAUAAGCCAUUUGUUUAGGUUAUCUAAAUCGUGACUCAGAGUUAACUGUAUUGAAUUCACAUCAACGCCAGCAUAAGUAAUGUGGGUGUCAUCGGCAUACAUUCUAGGCUGGCACGAAGUAAAACAGUUUGGCAAGUCAUUAAUAUAAAUAAGAAAUAAAAGGGGCCAAGGAUUGUUCCUUGCGGUAACAUUUAAGAGAAGAUUCUAGAAAGAGAACCGUUAACAAGACAUCGUUGUGUACGAUUAGUUAAAUACGACCUAAACCAAUCAAGAGCUGUACCUUGUAUUCCGUAAAGGUUCAUUUUAGCUAGAAGGAUAUCGUGGUCAACGGUGUCGAAAGCCUUUUUAAAUCGAGGAAAACCACAGCAUUAACGCCACGAUCAAUAUUAAAGGCCCAAUUAUCCGUAGCUUCCAGAAGGGCAGUUGCAGUUGAGUGUAACGAGAGAAAACCCGAUUGAUGAUUAGAAAUGAUAUCUUCAUUGGUCAAAAAGUUAUACAACUGAUCAUAAACAAUCCUUUCAAACACUUUAGCUAUAACGGAAAUGACUGAAAUAGGUCGAUAAUUAUUCAGAUCAGAUGGCUCACCUUCCUUGAACAACGGAGUAACUCUAGCACAUUUCCAAUCAUCAGGAAAUAUACCAGAGACUAAAGAUUUAUUAAAGAGAUCACAUAGUGAAACUGAAAUAAGAUCAGCAUCUUCACGUACAAUUUUAGCAGAAAUAUUAUCAAGACCAGUUGCUUUAGAUCGACAUAAUUUGUUUAGAUGUGAGAAAACAAUGCUGCAGUUAGUCGAGGAGAAGCUGAAAUUGUUGUUAUUUACCUUUAUAUUAUUGAUAUAACUUGAAUUAUUUUCAGCAGUUAGAGGUAUUUCAUUAGCAAGUCUGGGCCCAAUUGUUGAAAAAUGGUCAUUAAAAGCAUCAGAAAGCUCACUAGAAUUAGAGAUAAUGGUAUCAUUCAAUUUCAGUUCUUUCACCGUUGUAUUAUUCACACGACGGGAUGUAAGCUCAUUAAAGGUUUGCCACGUUUUUCGAGGAUUACCCUUAGAUUGAAUAAAUGCAUUAGAAUAAUAAGAUGCUUUAGAAAUUUUGAUCGGUUGAUAAGUGGAUCUGUAAAUCGCUAGAACGGUGGUGGAGCUGUAGAUCACUACAUCUAUGGAUCAGCAGAUCGUUAGAUCGUUAGAUCUGUGGCUCGCUGGAUCUGUAGAUUGCUAGAUCCGUGGAUCUAUAGAUCGCUAGAUCGGUGGAUCUGAGGAUCGCUAGAUCGGUAGAUCACUUGAUAAGUGGAUCUGUAGAUCGCUAGAACGGUGGAGCUGUAGAUCACUAGAUCUAUGGAUCUGUAGAUCGCUAGAUCGCUAGAUUUGUGGCUCGCGGGAUUUGUAGAUUGCUAUAUCCGUGGAUCUGUAGAUCGCUAGAUCGGUGGAUCUGUAGAUCGCUAGACCGGUGGAUCGGUAGAUUACUUGAUAAGUGGAUCUGUAGAUCGCCAGAACAGUGGAGCUGUAGAUCACUAGAUCUAUGGAUCUGUAGAUCGCUACAUCGGUGGAUCGGUGGAUCUCUAGAUCUCUAGAUCGGUGGAUCACUUGAUAAGUGGAUCUGUAGAUCGCUAGAACGGUGGAGCUGUAGAUCACUAGAUCUAUGGAUCUGUAGAUCACUAGAUCGGUAAAUCUGUGGAUUGGUGGAUCUGUAGAUCGCUAGAUCGGUGGAUCACUUGAUAAGUGGAUCUGUAGAUCGCUAGAACCGUGGAGCUGUAGAUCACUAGAUCUAUGGAUCUGUAGAUCGCUGGAUCAGUGGAUCUGUAGAUCGUUAGAUCGGUGGAUCUGUAGAUCGGUAGAUCGCUAGAUCGGUAAAUCUGUGAAUCGGUGGAUCUGUAGAUCGCUAGAUCGGUGGAUCAAUUGAUAAGUGGAUCUGUAGAUCGCUACAACGGUGGAGCUGUAGAUCACUAGAUCUAUGGAUCUGUAGAUCGCUAGAUCGGUGGAUCUGUAGAUCGCUAGAUCGGUAUGUUACUUGAUAAAUGGAUCUGUAGAUCGCCAGAACGGUGGAGCUGUAGAUAGCUAGAUCUUUGGAUCCGUAGAUCGCUAGAUCGCUGGAUCUGUAGAUUGCUAGGUCGGUGGAUCUGUAGAUCGGUAGAUCGGUGUAUCUGUAGAUCGCUAGAUCGGUGGAUCGGUAGAUCACUUGAUAAGUGGAUCUGUAGAUCGCCAGAACUGUGGAGCUGUAGAUCAGUAGAUCUAUGGAUCUGUAGAUCGCUAGAUCGGUGGACCUGUAGAUCGCUAGAUCGGUGGAUUUGUAGAUCGCUAGACCGGGGGAUCGGUGCACCACAUGAUGAGUGGAUCUGUAGAUCGCCAGAACAGUGGAGCUGUAGAUCACUGGAUCUAUGGAUCUGUAGAUCGCUAGAUCGGUGGAUCUGUAGAUAGCUAGAUCUAUGGAUCGGUAGAUCGCUAGAUCGCUAGAUCGCUAGAUCGGUAGAUCUGUGGAUCGGUGGAUCUGUAGAUCGCUAGAUCGGUGGAUCACUUGAUAAGUGGAUCUGUAGAGCGCUAGAACCGUGCAGCUGUAGAUCACUAGAUCUAUGGAUCUGUAGAUCGCUGGAUCAGUGGAUCUGUAGAUCGUUAGAUCGGUGGAUCGGUAGAUCGCUUGAUAAGUGGAUCUGUAAAUCGCUAGAACGGUGGUGGAGCUGUAGAUCACUACAUCUAUGGAUCAGCAGAUCGUUAGAUCGUUAGAUCUGUGGCUCGCUGGAUCUGUAGAUUGCUAGAUCCGUGGAUCUAUAGAUCGCUAGAUUGGUGGAUCUGAGGAUCGCUAGAUCGGUAGAUCACUUGAUGAGUGGAUCUGUAGAUCGCUAGAACGGUGGAGCUGUAGAUCACUAGAUCUAUGGAUCUGUAGAUCGCUAGAUCGGUAGAUUUGUGGCUCGCUGGAUCUGUAGGUUGCUAUAUCCGUGGAUCUGUAGAUCGCUUGAUCGGUGGAUCUGUAGAUCGCUAGACCGGUGGAUCGGUAGAUUACUUGAUAAGUGGAUCUGUAAUCGCCAGAACGGUGGAGCUGUAGAUCACUAGAUCUAUGGAUCUGUAGAUCGCUACAUCGGUGGAUCGGUGGAUCGGUGGAUCUCUAGAUCUCUAGAUCGGUGGAUCACUUGAUAAGUGGAUCUGUAGAUCGCUAGAACGGUGGAGCUGUAGAUCACUAGAUCUAUGGAUCUGUAGAUCGCUAGAUCGGUAAAUCUGUGGAUUGGUGGAUCUUUAGAUCGCUAGAUCGGUGGAUCACUUGAUAAGUGGAUCUGUAGAUCGCUAGGACCGUGGAGCUGUAGAUCACUAGAUCUAUGGAUUUGUAGAUCGCUGGAUCAGUGGAUCUGUAGAUGGUUAGAUCGGUGGUGGGUGGAUCUGGUGGAUCGCUGAUCGUGGAUCACUUGAUCUAUGGAUCUGUAGAUCGCUAGAACCGUGGAGCUGUAGAUCACUAGAUCUAUGGAUCUGUAGAUGGCUCGAUCAGUGGAUCUGUAGAUCGUUAGAUCGGUGGAUCUGUAGAUCGGUAGAACGGUGGUGGAGCUGUAGAUCACUAGAUCUAUGGAUCAGUAGAUCGCUAGAUCGCGAGAUCUGUGGCUCGCUGGAUCUGUAGAUUGCUAGAUCCGUGGAUCUGUAGAUGGCUAGAUCGGUGGAUCUGUAGAUCGCUAGAUCGGUGGAUCUGAAGAUCGCUAGAUCGGUAGAUCACUUGAUAAGUGGAUCUGUAGAUCGCUAGAACGGUGGAGCUGUAGAUCACUAGAUCUAUGGAUCUGUAGAUCGCUAGAUCGCUAGAUCUGUGGCUCGCUGGAUCUGUAGAUUGCUAGAUUCGUGGAUCUGUAGAUCGCUAGAUCGGUGGAUCUGUAGAUCGCUAGAUCGGUGGAUCAGUAGAUCACUUGAUAAGUGGAUCUGUAGAUCGCUAGAACGGUGGAGCUGUAGAUCACUAGAUCUAUGGAUCUGUAGAUCGCUAGAGCGGUGGAUCGGUAGAUCACUUGAUAAGUGGAUCUGUAGAUCG